GGCUGGAAGUUAUGGCUCUUCCUGUUACUGCUGGCCCUGGCCCUGGGCAGGAUUUGGUGGCGGAGCCAGGAGGGCGGCGAGAAUCCGGACGUCCUGCCCGUCGUCCUGUGGCACGGAAUGGGCGACACCUGCUGCCUGCCCUUCAGUUUGGGCUCCAUCAUGAAGCUCAUCGUGGAGCAGACGCAGGGCGCCUAUGUGCGCUCCCUGGAGAUCGGCGGGAAUCCGGUGAUGGACUGGCAGAGCGGCUUCUUCAUCCAUCCCGACCAGCAGGUGCAGUACGUCUGCCAGCAGCUGCUGCAGGACGAGCGGCUGGCCAAGGGCUACAACGCCAUCGGCUUCUCGCAGGGAGGCCAGUUCCUGCGGGCGGUGGCCCAGCGCUGCCCCCAUCCGCCGAUGCGCACGCUCAUCACUUUGGGCGGCCAGCACCAGGGCGUCUUCGGGCUGCCCAUGUGCCCCACCCUCAGCCGGAGUACCUGCGACUACCUCAGCCGGCUCCUCAACGGUGCCGCCUACUCGGAGGAGGUCCAACAAAAUCUGGUGCAGGCGACGUACUGGCACGAUCCGAUCAUGGAGAACCAUUACCGCCUGGGCAGCACAUUCCUCGCCGACAUCAACAAUGAGCUGUACUUAAACACGUUCUACGUGGAGAAUCUCCACAAGCUGAAGAAAUUUGUGAUGGUAAUGUUCCUGAACGACACGAUUGUCCAGCCGAAGGAGUCGCAGUGGUUUCAGUUCUACACCAGCGGCCAGGACAGAAUCAUCCAGCCGCUCAACGAGAGCAAAGCGUACCAAGAUUUGAAAUUGGAGAGGAUGGAGCGCGAGGGAAAACUAGUCUUUCUGGGCGUCGAAGGUGAUCACUUGGCCAUAUCCAAAGCUUGGUUUAUCAAGAAUCUCGUGCCCCUGCUACUCGAGAAAUGAGAUGGGUUUGGGUUUUGGAAACUAAGCAGCCAAACGUGAUAGAUUAAAAUAUGUGACAAAGGAUUUAAACUCGUAUUUAAGUAUGUUUUUUGAUACAGUAUACACCUUUUUACAUGUUUAAUUAGAUAUUUAAUAAAUUCAGUUGGGACAUACAAAA